GAGCCAUGUCUGACAUCCCAGCUUAUUGCAGGAAGGAGCCACGGCAGCAUGUGCAGCCAAGCAGAACAGAAAGAGGCUGAGGGGGGAGGAAGAACAGGAAGAAAGGAAUAAAAAAAAGGAGAGACUGGGGUGUCUAAGAACUGCAUCAGCUCUUGUUCUCAAAGAACAAAAAACAAUGUGCUUGUGAGCUCAGCCAUCAUGCGGGUGCAAUGAACAACCAGGCGGGCUGAGUCUCUGGAUUUGCUGAGCGCCUCCGUCUCUGCCAGCUUGGACUCAGCCUCGGUAAUGAUUUUGGAGGCAGGGCUUUGGGAAGGCGGUUUUCAUUUGGAUUUGGAGCUUUGUGUUUUAGGAAUAUUCCGCCGGAGAGGAUUUGACCGUGCUGUUAUUUGUGAUUGAACACAGUGUGCGUGAACGGCGGAGGCUCCUGCGCGCGCCGCUCCGCGUGCUCCCGCUGCUGCUUCCCUCCCCGCUGCCUCCGGUGCUGCGGUUAUGACUGAGAAGCGGGGCAUCGCCCAGAUGCAGGGCUCCGGCUGGAUGGGGGCUUAAGGCCUAUAAAUACCAGCAUGGGAGCCAAACAGAUGAAAUGCCUCAGCUCAGCCAGCCCCGCUCGCUCCCCCAAAGAGGAGUACGUCGUCACCAAGUCGACUGACACCGCUGCAGAGGAGGCAGAGCACGAGCGGUCAGAGACGCAGGGGGGAGCCCAGCAGGACAAAUCGGAGCCGACAGAGAGGAAAUCUGCUCCAGAGGAGGUGUCUCUUUGUGGAUUAUGUCCCUCCCUUGGGUACAACGGGCAGGAGGAGGAAAAGUCUUGGGAGGAGCAACUGGAUGCCCAACAGGAGCAGCUGGAGAAGGAGAUGCAGGAGGCCAGGAGGAUGGUGUUCCGGCUGCAGGGAUUGCUGCUGCAAGGCGUCCUCCCUGAAGACGACAAGGACGGAUCCAUGGGUUUUGGGGAGAACCGGGCAAGCACGGAUCACCAACUGGUUCUAAUCCGCAGUCGUCUGGACCAAAGCACGGAGGAAGCCCUUGAUCUCAAGAGGGAGCUGCUCAGACACAAACAGGAGACGCGGCACAUUCAGGCCAUCAAGGAUGCCCUGCAGCAGCGUCUGGCUUUGCAGGAGGACGCUGUGCUGCAGCUAAAGCAGGAUCUGCUGAGGUGCAGCAUGGCCAAAGAUCAGCUGGAGAGAGAAAACGAGGAGCUCAAACGCAAGCUGAGCGAAAGGGACAAAUUACUUAACGAACAUGAGCAACAGUUUGGAAGGAAAGAGAGAAUUCUGCUGCAGCAAAAGCAUGAAGAAGCUCAGCACAAAGCACACGAAGUCAGCCAUGGACGGUCAUUCAGACGUGAAAGUGGAAGCUUCAGAGACUCAGUGAUGUCAACAUCUCCACCAUCAUUCCAGCACAACGCGCCAGGGGAGGAGCUUCAGCUGGUCAGGGAGGCUCUCCGCAGUCUGAGGGACAGUUUCUCCGGACAUGACCCUCAGCAUCACACGCUGGACACCCUGGAGCAGGGCGUCUCCAGCCUCAUGGACCGGCUGCACUCCCUGGAAUCGCAGCGCAGGCAGGACAGAGGGGAGGAGUUUAGGUCGCCGGGACGCAGAGCCAACUCAACCGACCGUGACUCAUGGCCACCGAGCUCCAAAAUGGCGCACUCCCACAGCAGCCCGGGAUUAGACGCGGCUGUUUCCACUAAAGUGCUCUACUUCACAGACCGCUCGCUCACUCCAUUCCUGAUUAACAUCCCGAAAAGGCUGGGUGAAGUGACACUCCGGGACUUCAAGGCCGCCGUGGACAGACAAGGCAAUUUCAGAUACCACUUUAAGGCCCUUGACCCAGAGUUUGGAACGGUGAAGGAGGAGGUGUUUCAGGAUUCUGCAGUUGUGCCUGGCUGGGAGGGGAAGAUUGUAGCGUGGGUGGAGGAGGACCACGGAGAGCGCAGAUGAGGCUCCAAAAUACAACAGUACAAACCUCAGCUGUUCUCACUAGACAAGAAACACACAACAUGUGGUGCAAUAUAAAAAAAAAAACGGUAAAAUAUUAAGUAUUUCACGAUUAACAAGUGCCAAAGGUGAUCAAAUGUUUCUAUAGACAACUCAGACUGAAUGUUUAUUUCCAAAAAUCGACUUCUAGGAAACACUUUAAUGAAAAGGAUGAAUAUUAAACAUUGUUUGAAGCUAAAUUACAAUUUUAUUUAAAAAGUAAAUGCUCAGUUUACAUAAAGGCUGCUAACAAACCUCAAAAUGGAAGCCUUUGCUGACAACAUUCCAGAUUGCCAAACAGUGAUGUUAUUCUGCAUCUGUUUUGAUGUUUUAAUAAACAUAAAUUAUUGCAUGAA